UAAAAAGGAGGAUGACAUGGAUGAUUCCAUGUACCAAGUUUUAACAACAGUUUUCAAGCACCAAGAAUUUAAAUCCAAACUCCAAAAGCAAGCUACUCGAUGUGUUUUACACGGAAAUCAUGAUGUGUUUAUUUCCAUGCCUACUGGAGCAGGAAAAUCCUUAUGUUAUCAGUUGCCAGCAAGAUUUGGAAAAGUUGGUGUUACAUUGGUUGUCUCCCCCUUGAUAGCUCUGAUGCAGGAUCAGUUGGAUCAUCUAGAUCACCUGAAAAUUCCAUCAGAAACACUGAACUCCAAACAAUCUGCAAAGGAAAAGAAACGUGUUCUUGGAGACCUUAAUAGUUCAAAGCCCCGUACCAGACUUCUGUAUAUCACCCCAGAACAGGCUGCUACUGAUGGCUUCAGGACAAUAGUCCAGAGCCUCAUCAAGAAAAAACUCCUCAGAUACCUGGUAGUAGAUGAAGCCCAUUGUGUAUCACAAUGGGGGCAUGAUUUUCGGCCAGAUUACCUUAAAUUGGGUCAGCUACGGAGAAAAAUGCCCGGUAUCCCAUGUAUAGCUCUUACAGCUACAGCCACUAGCGAAGUGGUCACAGACAUUGAGAAACAACUCCAGUUGAAAGCCCCUGUAAAAAAAUUCAAGUCGAGUUGCUUCCGUCCAAAUUUAUUUUAUGAUGUUGCAAUGAAAGAAGUGAUUGGAAAUCCAUAUGAAGACUUAAAUAAAUUUGCAAGGACUGCAUUGAACUGUUUAAAUGCAGAAGAUGAGAUAGAAAAUUGGAGAGAGUUUGGGUGUGGCAUUGUGUACUGUAGAACAAGGAAUGGCUGUGAUGAGGUUGCAUCCCAUCUCAGUAGACUCGGAUUGCCAUCCAAACCUUACCAUGCUGGUUUGAAAAAUGAUGUGAGAGAAGAGAUUCAGAACUCUUGGAUGGAAGGAAAAUUCCCUAUAAUCGCAGCCACUAUUAGUUUUGGCAUGGGUGUGGACAAGGCAAAUGUUAGGUUUGUUGCUCACUGGACCCUGCCAAAAUCCAUGGCUGGAUACUACCAGGAGUCCGGGCGAGCUGGGCGAGAUGGAAAGAAGUCUUAUUGUCGACUGUAUUAUGCUAGGCAUGAGAGGGACACAGUGGCUUUCCUUAUACAGAAAGAGACUUCUAGGUUUACAAGGGAAGAUAAAGGAGUUACUGCUGAAAAGCAGAAAGCAGCCCAGAAGAGUUUUGAAGCAUUGGUCAAGUACUGUGAAGAGCAAGAUUGCAGACAUUGGGUUAUAGCUCGUUACUUUGGAGAUGUAAAGCCAGACUGUGAGGGGGCAUGUGAUGUUUGUAAGGAGCCAAAGAAGGUGGCCAAGGCUGUCCAUGAUCUCCAGACAGGUUCCUACGCCAACUUCAACAACAAGAAGGGAAGUGGAGGAAUCUAUUUUUAUGAAGAGGAUGAUGAGGAUGAUCCUGGCAUGUAUGGUGGAGGAAGAAGAGGAGCAAAGAGUGAGUAUGAUGCCUACAGUAGAUCAUUUGAAAAUGGUGCUGACGAUGAUGAUGAUGCAGCUUACAGAAGAGAAAAAAAGGAACAAAUAGAGAAGAAACAAAGACAUAAUUUCAUUAUGAGAGAAUUCAAAAAGAGGAAAGGGGGUGUUGAUGACUCCUCCACCUCUACCACAGAAGAGCCUCUUGAGGAACCGGAUCCAGAUUGCCCUCUCAGAGACGCUGCCAAUCACAAAAUACCCAAACUCACCAUCAAGGGCCGCGAGUACUGUAUGGGUAUGCUUGAGAAGGCACUGAGGGACAAUUUUCGUCAAUAUUACCAAGAUGUUCCCCAUAAGCUUGUAGGAGAAGAAUAUGAACCAAGAUGUACUGCCAUUGACCUUGAAUAUGAUCUGUUCAAGGUCAACAAGAUGGCCAAUAUCUACAAGGCUGCAGUGAUGAAAACAACAAAUGAGAUCAAGAAAUGUACCACUUCUAAAGACUUACAUUCCUCUCUGGUGGCAAAUUGUUCAAUGUCUGCAUCAGGAGACAUGAAAGAGUUACAAACAACUUCAACUUUAUCAUCCUCUCCUAUUCCUGGUUUUAGCACUGCUUCUGACAUGCUUGCCAAUACACUAGUUGAAAAAGAAAAAAACAGUACCUGUCUAUCUAAACCGGCUGUGUUCCUUUCAGCAGCUGAUAUGUUAAAGAAAGAAAAUCAAAUUAAGAGGACUGAUCCCCCAUUGCCAAGUCUACAGAUGUUUGAUUUAAAUGGUUGUGAUAGUGAGGAGAACUCAAAAUCACCAGUUUGUGUGGAGACUGUCAAGGAGGCGAGUCGGCCAAGUCCUUCUUCUUCCCCAGGACUUUUCAGCACUAUUGGAAAUAGUGUGAAACCAUGUGUUUCUCAUAUUCCUAAAGAUCAAAAGCAUUCUGGGUUUCAAAAAGCGAGCAAAGUACUUUCAAAAAAAGUAACUUUUGAUUUUGAUAUCGGUGACUCUUCCAAUUCUGGGAAAUCCAAAUCUAAGUCGAGGAAAUCAAAGGCAAAAGAAAAAUCUAGUAAAAAUGUGCCCCAAAUCACAAACUUUUUUGCAAAGAGAUCUUCAGAUGAAGAGGAUAGUGUAGGGAAAAUUGAGAGUGACAUGACUGAUGUCAAAGUAGAGAUCACAGAACAAAAUGUUGGUUCUGGCAUAGUGGCAAUGGACACUGAGGUAAAAGUGGAACCAAUCACCAAGACUGACACUGCUUUGGAACUUUGUGAACAAGAGUGUGGUACGAAGUCCAUGGAUAGCAAACCAAUUCUUCCAGAUGUCAAAAUCAAAAGUUCCCAGAAGAGAAAAAUGGAUGACAAGGUUAGUGACGCAAGGCCCAAAAAAAGUAGGCUGGAACCUGAGUUGUGUGAUGAUUCAAGUUCUGAAAAUUCCAGGCUGUCACAGUCUAGGGAAAGGAAUUCUGAAAAUAAGGUUUCUGACUUGUCUGAAGGUCCUUCGGUGUCCAGGGCAGGAGGCGCUGAAAGUCGGAAGGUUGCAGCAGAUCUAGUAGUGAAAUAUUUGACUCCUCACUAUAAGGCUGGCCGGAUACCGACCAAGGAUGCAUUCAAAGUUGUUGCAAGAGCUUUGUCAUACAAAGUAAUGGAUAAACCUGGUGGAACAGGAAAGCCGGCAGAAGUGAAAGAAAUUGUGAAGAAAGUUAUAGAGAAUCUGUUUAAAAAGGUCAAACUGGUAAAGUCUGUGGAGGAUCUCGUGGAUGUGUGAGGGCUGUUUCCUAGUAAUAUCAUAACCAAUGAAGUAAAAAAACUAAUAUAGAUUGAAGCUGGGGAUAUCUCGAAGAUGUUGUUUUUCUUUAAAAUAACUGUCACCAAGAUUUUCUGUACACCUGAUUUGAAUAUCCACUAUGAUGUUAAAUGUUGAAGAAAAGGUUAUAACUCAGAAAUAAGUAAUUGAAAUCUUAAGCUUUUCAGAUUAAAGGAUCUUGUAUUAGUGUCUUAGGCACAUUAAAUCAAUUAAAGAAGCUCAGUAUUAACACAAGUCCAAGUGUCAGUGACAGAGCAAAUUACUGGGCAAGUUUAGUUAGUUGCACAUCACAUGGACAAGAGUGUAAGAUUUUACAACUCAAGAAAAGAGAAAUUUUCUGUUUGACUUUUAAACAAAUCUUCACUGAAUGGUUUGUUUUAACUACAGAGGCCAGUGUGUGAUGUUAUUUAUCUGUGAUUUGACAAUAGUGUGAUCACCUGUGUCAAGCAACGUUUAAUUUGAUGACAAGGAUAUGAAACAAGGUAUGAUAUAAUAAUCCUAUUUAAACCUGUACUUUGGUUUGGUGCUUUAUUGAACGACUGAUUAUUUGCAGUUAAUAUUACAGUUAGGAAAAGCAUGAUGCAUAUUUUACAAUGCUAUAUUUAGGAUAUUUCAUUUCAUUUUAAAAUCUGAAAGGUUGUGAGGGUUAGAUUGAUAUGGCAGACAUGAUGAACGAUAACAGCUGUUUUAUGUUACAAAGCUAACAAUUAGUGGUUGUUUUGCUUUUGGCUAGUUCACAAGUUUUUAAUUUCAAGCAAGUUAAUGAACUGAAGUUCAUGCAUACAGGAAUAACAGAUAUUUUCUGAGAAUUUCAUUCGUUGGGUAUGAAUUCAACAAAAUUUUUGUGACCUUGAAUAUAAAGUUAAAUUCAAUCCCUGUGAAUAUUUCCCAACUAUAGAGUACUUAAGCAAAUUGUGAUAUUAGAUUUUGUUAAACAGACAGGACUAUGGAAAAUGACAGUAAUAGGUUAAGGUCAAAAUCCUCAUCUGCUCAUUUACUUCAGUAUUGACCAGUCUAGCAAAGAGUAUACACACUGGUGUACUUACAAAAAACUCAGUAUGCAACAGAGAGGUCAUGCCUGUCAACUGUUGAUUUAAGACCAUAGUUUCUAAACAUCAAGAUUUACACUAAAUCAGAUUUUUCAUCAAUAUUGGUGAUGGUUAAAUUAUCAAAGGUCACACUUAACCUAUUUUGGAAAUAAAAGACAAUGUGAGUCAUGUAUCCAUGUGAGCCACUGCUAAGUUUAUUAUACUAACUUUCCAUAUGUUAAAUGAACAGGACAUCAGGCUAGCCCUAAUUUAGUCCUCGACAUUUUUGUGCUCAAAGUCUGGGUAUGACAGACAAAUUUUAAAAAAAAAAGCAUUGAAAACGACACCUGUUAAUCAGAAGUAUUGUAACUGUUAUGAUAUUGUAUAUUGUAUAAUGUUGAUUUUACAUAUUUUAAAAGCAUGCAGUUUUGUUUGCAAUAAAGAUUUCAAGUUUUAUGAUGA